GAUUUUUACCGGACAGGACGUCAAAGAGACCAUAGUCAAACAUCCCCUUAGUGCAAUUAUAUUCAGUCGGUUUUUGCGAAUCCAUCCAGUAGAAGACACUGGUGCAACAGCAAUGAGGUUGGAAUUAAUAGGUUGUUAUGUCGAUACGAUUUUGCUGAAAACUACUCCCCUCGGCAUGGAAAACGGCUUAAUUUUAGAUUCCCAAUUGAGCGCGUCAUCUGAGAGGUACUACCGUUCGUCUGGAGCCGCUAGCGCCAGAUUUAAUGCCAAAACAGCCGUUGAUGGAAAAUAUGGUGGUUGGAUUGCAGCAGAAAGCGACAGAAAUUUGUGGUUUGAGAUCAACUUUAUAAGCAACGUGACAGUUACUGCAAUACUGACUCAAGGUCUUGAUAUCGGGAUGAGCUACGUAAAAGAAUACACUGUUGCUUUUAAAAUCAACGAAAAUCGUCUGCAAAAUUAUACAGGCUUUGGUAAUGAAGAAACAAUGGUCUUUAACGCUAUGAAGACCACAGUAAAGCAAGACUUGGAUCCGUAUAUAUUUUCUUCCAUACUUCAAAUCAAACCAAAAACGUGUGUUGGAAUGUGCGCCCUAAGAGUUGAAUUGUUUGGUUGGUAUGAAGAACACAGUAACCUUAGUAUUCUGGGAAUGCACAACCGAUGCAUCCGAGAUGACCAAAUACGCUCGUCUGUAAAAACUCCAGACAAUCAUGGCGCACACGCUGCGAGAAUGAAUGACGCAUACGGAUGGUUUGGGGAAAAGAGCGGUAAUUAUUUAGAAAUCGAUUUUGGAAAAAGAGCAAGCAUAACGCAGAUAAUGACUCAAGGCGCUAAAGACUCUGCUGGCAACAGGUGGACCAGAAACUUUACAGUUGCAAUGAGCAGCGAUGGAGUGACUUUUGUUGAUUACCAAGAAUUUGGCUCACGCAAGACUUUCUCCGCCAACACUGAUCACUCUUCUAUUGUUGUUCAAAAACCGAUGCAUGUUAUAUUCGCUCGCUUUAUACGGAUAAUUGUGGACUUCGCUGUACCAAAUCCCGGUCUAAGAUUGGAAUUCCUUGGAAAUUUCAUGGAAGAUAACAAAAACCUGACACCAAGUGAUACCCACUCAGUUGCGCUUGGCAUGGAAGAUCGCUUGAUUUUAGACUCCCAAAUUUUUGCAUCGUCAUCGAGAGACUUCUUAAUAUCGGGAGCAGCCAAUGCCAGGCUGAGCUCUUCGAAUAUUAGUGACAACAGAUCCGGUGGUUGGGUAGCGGCAGAAGAGGAUUCCGCACCAUGGCUCAUGGUGGACUUUAUAAGCAAUGUAAAAAUCAAAGAAAUAGCAAUUCAAGGUCGAAAAAAUGAAAGCUCAUAUGUUACAAAGUACAUGCUGGAAUACGGUACGACACGCAGCAGUUUACAAUAUUACGUCGGUGAUAAUUCUUCGCGACAGAUAUUUGUAGAAUAUAACAACAGAUCUAUCGUCUGGCAACCAUUACAUCCUGCAAUAUUUACGAGAUUCGUGCGAAUAAAGGUGAUAGCUUGGGUAGGAGUUUGCGCCAUGAGAGUUGAAUUUUAUGGCUAUUACGAAGAAUGCCCAAACCCACAGCCUUUGGGCAUUGAAAAUGGAUAUAUCUCAGACAGUCAACUCGAUUCCUCUUCUAUUCCCACAAUAACCAGCGGACCAGGAAGUGCUCGCUUGAAUUUGUCUCCAGGAGGUGCUGAGCUUUCAGACAGUGAUUCGGACAUGUGGUACGAGGUUAAUUUUCUCCGAUGGACAAAGAUUACUGGAAUUAAAACACAAAGUGCCGCUGGCAAAUUUGAACUCAUUCAAACAUUCACAGUGAGCUAUAGCAGCGAUGGUAAUACGUUUAUCGACUACAAAGAAUAUGGCCAAGUCAAGAUUUUCUCGGGAAACAGCAAAGUUGAUUCGAUAGUGGAGCAGCGUUUCUCUCGUGUUAUUCUUGCUCAAUAUUUGCGCAUCAAUCCUAUUUUAUGGAACGGGAAGCCUGUCAUACGAAUGGAAGUAAUGGGCGCGUAUGUAGUUACAGAUUGGUUCGAUCCAGUUGCGCUAGGAAUGGAAAACAAAAUGAUUCUAGAUUCUCAACUGGUCGUUUCAUCUCAGUACUCCAUAUCCGUUGCGUCCAAUGCUAGAUUGAAUUUGAAAACAUUACGUGAGAACAUCGACGAAAACACCACAAAAAUAGUUCGAUAUGGCGGUUGGAUCGCAGCAGAAGACGACAAUGAACCAUGGUUUCAAGUGGACUUCAUAGCAAAUGCCACAAUCAGUGCAAUUUUAACUCAGGGUUUGGAUAACGGCCCUAUGUCCUCUCAGAUAACUAAAUAUACUGUUGCUUACGGAUACAACAUGAAGGACAGUUUGCAAAAUUACAGCAUAGAUGGACAAGUGAAGGUUUUCUCAGCGAACUACAAGAACGUUUCAUUGGAGAGCAACAAUGUCGAUCCACCCAUUACCGCUCGACUUCUGCGAAUUAUGCCAAAAAAAUGGCUUGGGUAUUGUGCGCUGAGAGUCGAAUUUUACGGUCAAUAUGAAGAGUGCACCGACCCCGGGCCUCUUGGCUUGGAAAAUGGCAAUAUCUCAGAUGGUCAACUUUUGUCUUCAACCGAAUAUGACGACCUUAAUGGCGCACAUAAUGCCAGACUAAAUUUAGUAGCAGUAACGUCUGUGCGCGAUGGAGGUGCUUCUCUUAAAACGGAUGGUCCCGGAUGGUUCCAAGUUGAUUUUCUAAAGUGGACCAAAAUAACUGCAUUGAAAACACAAGGCCAUGCUGACGAUGACUACUUUAUUCAAAAAUUCAAUUUGCACUUUAGCACCAACGGAGUCGAUUUCGCUGAAUAUAAAAAAAAUGGAUUGGUCAAGAAAUUUGGAGGGAACUCCGAUCAAAACACCGUUGUAGAACACCGUCUUACGCGGGUGGUAUUGGCACGUUUUUUGCGUGUUGUACCAACGAAAUGGAACGGAAUACCGUCGAUAAGGAUGGAAAUUAUUGGUUCAUAUGUUGAUACCGAGUGGUUUGAGCCAGUGAGCCUUGGCAUGCAAGAUGGUUUGAUUCUGGACUCUCAAAUGCUGUCUUCGUCAUCGAAAUAUGUUACAUCGGCAGUUGGUAAUGCAAGACUGAACUUAAACACGUUGAGCGAUGCAAGUACGGGAAACAUUAUCAGACAUGGUGGUUGGAUAGCAGCAGACGAUGACAGACAUCCAUGGCUUCAAGUAGAUUUCAUCACUAAUGUAACGCUUACUGCAAUUGCUACGCAAGGUUUGGAGAAUGGAAAUUCCUGGCUUACAGGAUAUACCCUCUCUUUUGGAGAAAGACGAAAUCAGCUGCAAAACUUUAGCAUCGAGGGGCUAAUAAAGGUUUUUUCAGCCAACUCUGACGGCAAUUCUACAGUUGUUAAGCAGUUACUAUUUCCUUAUAUCGCUACUCGUUUCAUUCGAAUAACACCCAAAACCUGGGUUGGAAAUUGUACUGUAAGACUGGAGUUUUAUGGCCGAUAUGAAGGAUGCUCGGACCCACAGGCUUUGGGCAUGGAAAGUGGUGCUAUCUUGGACAGCCAACUCUCGUCUUCUGCUGAAAGUAGUAAGACUGAUGGACCUCAAAAUGCCAGGUUGAAUUUGAAAUUCAUAUCCGGGGUACGGGGAGGAGGGUUGCGUUUGCCAAAAGGAACAGGGAGUUGGGUCCAGGUGGAUUUCAUCAAAUGGGCAAAGGUUGCCGAGAUAAGGACUCAGGGGGAUCAAAGUUCAGCCUAUUAUACCAAGACAUUUAAUCUUCUGCAGAGUAAUGACGGAUCUCGCUUUCUGGUCUUUAAAGAAUUUGGAAAAAAAAAGGUCUUUCAAGCGAACUACGACAGUAAUACAAUUGUCGCUCAACGCCUGACUCGUGUAAUAUUCACUCGAUUUUUACGAAUUGUACCAACAGAUGGGGCCACCUAUAUUGUAAUAAGAAUGGAAUUGUUUGGCGCGUAUGUCGAUACCGACUGGUUUCAGCCAAUUGCACUUGGCAUGGAAUCUCGUUUGAUAAUCGACGCCCAAUUGGCCGUAUCGUCGUUUAAAGAUAGCAUAUCCGGACCUAGUAUGGCCAGGCUAAAUGUGAAGGCAACUACGCUGAGCAUAAGCACAACAACAACAAAAGUCACCGCUUUUAAUGCGACCAUGAACAUUACCAAUAAUAUAACAACAGUGAAUACAUCAUAUAUCCGUCAUGGCGGUUGGAUGGCAGCAACCAAUGACACUAAUCCUUGGUUUCAAGUUGAUUUUAGGACCAAUGUAACAGUCACCGCGCUACUAAUGCAAGGACUGGACAGUGGAAUGGCCUGGGUAACAAAAUAUACCCUUGCAUUUGGGUACGAGAGAGGCGUUUUGCAGGAAUACGUUGUUGAUCAGAGAGUGAAACUGUUUUCCGCAAAUUAUGAUGUCAGCAACACAGUAAGACAAGAUUUAUAUCCAUACAUCAUUGCUCGUUUUCUUCGAAUCAUUCCAAAAAUUUGGGUUGGAUCUUGUGCUUUGAGAGUUGAAUUUUAUGGUCGAUAUGAAGACGACAACAAUUCGACCACCCUUGGUAUGGGAAGCGGUCGUAUCUUGGAUGGUCAAAUUUCAGCAUCCUCCGUACACAGUUCGUCAUAUCUUCCAGGCUUCGGCCGGCUAAAUUAUGACUCAGCUUCCAGCGUGACUUGGGCAGGAUGGCGGCCACUUGCUGAUGCCGAUCAGUGGUUUCAGGUUGAUUUUGAAACAUUUGCGAAAGUCACAUCAAUUUUUACGUUGGGGUUGCGUGACGCAGAUAGUUGGAUAACAAAGUUUCUGGUGUCAUUUAGCAACGAUGGUACAAACUUUCAAGACUAUCUCGAAUUUGGAAAGGCCAAGGUAUUUGUCGGAAACAACCAUAAUGCACGGCUGAGCAAACAGCGGCUGUUACAUUUAAUUUUUGCACGCUACAUUCGCGUGAAACCAACGGCAUGGUAUACUAACGUGGCACUCAGAAUCGAAUUCAACGGGUCAUAUUUGGAAUAUGACUGUAUCGACCCAAUUCCACUUGGUCUGGAAAGUAACUUGAUCGUGAACCCUCAGUUAUCGUCGUCAUCAGAGAAAAGUCAAACGUCACGGGCUAGAAAUGCCCGGCUGAGAUUGGAGCCAAUAGACGGCGAAAGAGAUGGCGCGUGGAUUGCUUCCGCUGAUGAUAGAUAUCCAUGGUUAAGGGUGGAUUUUAAAUCGAACGUAACCUUGAGAGGAAUCACAACACAGGGUCGAUUUGAUGCCGCUGAAUGGGUUACUAGUUACAAUGUCAUGCAUAGUAUUGAUGGGAUAAACUAUGAAACGUACAAAGAAGAUGGAAACGUUAAGGUUUUCUCAGCAAACUACGAUAGUAAUACAACUGUGAAGCACUAUAUCGACCCACCAAUAUUUGCUCGAUAUGUUCGUCUUCAUCCGAAACAGUGCUCCGGGGCUUGUGCUUUGCGUGCUGAGUUUCACGGAUGUUAUACAGGCUGCCAAAAUCCCGUUCAUCUUGGAUUAGCGAACAAAGUUAUCGCAGAUACGCAAUUCAAUUCUUCGUCGUAUUAUACAGGCUACGAGGCCUUUUACGCCAGGUUAAAUCACGCUACAUCUGGUUGGAUGGCGCUUUCAUCAGAUCAAAGUCCCUGGUUGGAAGUUAAUUUCAUGAUGGGGACUAAGGUACAAGAAAUUUUAUCGCAAGGGCUACAGAGUAACUCAUAUUGGGUACACAACUAUACAGUCUCAUUCUCAAGUGAUGGGAAAACCUUUCAAAACUAUCUCGAAAACGAUAAAGUGAAGGUGUUUUCCGGCAAUUGGGAUUCAAACACCGUUGUACGACAUGUUUUAACUCGUGUUAUUUUUUCUUACCGAAUUCGUAUCCAUCCUAAAAAGUGGUAUACGUAUGUUGGACUCCGGUUGGAGUUCGCCGGCUGUAACUUUGGUUGUAUGUAUCCUAAGCCCUUGGGGAUGGAAGCUGAACAUAUUAAGGAUUACCAAAUAAGUGGAUCAAGUUCUUGGAAAUUUACUACCGCACCGUUCUUUGGAAGACUGCAUUCUCGUGCUAGCUGGAUGCCACAUGACUCGGACACGUCGAAGUUUGUUACGGUUGACUUUUUAGGCAAAACUAUGCUGGCCGGUAUCAUCAUGCAAGGAGCGUUUGAGGAAGAUAACUUUGUGACCAGUUUCAAGGUUGCCCUGAAGACUGGGGAUAACCCGUUUAAUCCCUAUCAGCAAAAUAGCAUUGAGAAGAUAUUUUCCGGGAAUGUGGACACCAACACUACAGUAGAACAUAUGUUUCCCCUAGUUUUCGUGACAGAUGCUAUUCGCAUUUUCCCGGUGACCUGGAAUGGUACGCGUCCUGCAAUGAGACUAGAGCUGUUGGGCUGUUAUGAAGAUAUCGAUAUUUGUGAUUCCUCUCCCUGCAAAAACAAUGGGACUUGCAAUGACUAUUUCACUACAUACAACUUCUUUAACUGCACCUGCUUAGACGGAUACACGGGCAAGCUGUGUGAGAUAGAAUGUACUGAUGUAAGACCUCUAGGAAUGUCCGGUGGUCAGAUCAAGGAUACCCAACUCACUGCUUCCACAAUGUACGACAGCGAGGCUGUUCCAUUGGCUGCGAGACUGCACAGCGUGGCUAUUCGUAAGAGUGGUGGCUGGGUUGCUGGGGUGAACGACGGUAAUCAAUGGUUCCAGGUCGAUUUCUUAGUCAACGCCACAGUCGCUUCAAUAUUGACUCAGGGAAGAGAUAACUAUAGUCAUUGGGUUGAAACGUAUCAAGUUUCAUACAGUAACGAUGGGAAUAGUUUUCAAGAUUACACUCAAGGCGGCGUCAUUAAGGAAUUUACUGGAAACUCAGACAGAGACACGGUGGUGAAGAACACCUUAACACCUCGUCUUUUUACGCGUUUUAUUCGUAUUCAUCCUAAAUUAUGCUUUAUGAAUUGUUCCCUGAGGGUGGAGUUUCUCGGCUGCUACCAAGUCACUCCUUUACGUUGCUUGAAUCCAAUUCCACUUGGCAUGGAAAACAAACAAAUCAAGGACAACCAGAUUACGGCAUCGUCAGAGUGCGAUGAUGCAAAGUUUGUCGGACGUUGUGCAGCUGCAAACGGCAGAGCAAACGCCACAAUAUUCUCACAUCAUGGUGCUUGGAUAGCGAUGGCACAAGAUCUGGACAUGUGGUUCGAGGUGGAUUUCGUAUAUAACACGACCGUUAGGGAAAUAAUGACUCAGGGUAGGGAAGACCGCGAUCAAUGGGUAAAACUGUACAAUGUCACAUACAAAAAUGAAACCGGCCUAUCUCGUAUGUAUGAUAUGGGCGAUGGCAUACGAAGCAAGCUAUUCAAAGGAAAUUUUGAUAGAAAUACAGUUAUCAAUCAUACAUUAUCACCAGUCAUUCACCUUCAGAUUAUUCGUAUUCACCCACUAUUGUGCCAUGGAGCUUGCGCUUUGAGGAUUGAAUUUGUUGGCUGUUACGAAGACGCUGAUGUAUGUGAUCCUUCACCAUGUCGAAAUAAUGCAACUUGCAAUGAUCAGUUCGAUUUCUUCAACUCAUUCAACUGUACGUGCCCUGCAGGAUACACGGGAAAGCUGUGUGAGACAGACAUCGACGAGUGCCUAUCUUACCCGUGCCUUAACAAUGGAGCAUGCAACGAUUUCGUCAAUAUAUUCAACUGUACAUGUACGAUAGACUUCUGGGGAAAUAUUUGUGAAUUUGAGGUUAUAUGGCCUAUUGCUAACUUUUCCGUGACGCCUAUACCAGCGCAUAGAUUCGGCGGAAAUAUCUCGGUUGUUUGGGAAAUGGAUCAAGGGAGCUACGUUACAGUUGAGGUGUAUUAUAACGAGAAUAUAUGUUGUAACCGAAGCGCAACAAACCAUCUUGGUGGUAACACCAGUCAGUGCAACUGCCUCGUAACCGAUCCUGCUCGAUUUGAUCCUGAUGGGCUUGUCGACUUCCGCAUUUAUGCCUACAACAGCGUUUCGAACGAAACCGUGAAUUUGAGCGUUGAAGUAUUGAAGAUCAUAAAAAAUGUCCGUAUUUCCACAAAAACUAGCAUUGCCACCUGGGGUAUUGGUGUUGACGGGACAGGCAGCCAAAGAAACGUAUUUCCAACGGAGCACCCGGUAAAGAUGAGUGCCACUUUCGAUGGAGGACCAGCUAGUAUUAUAAAAUGGACAUUCAGCUGCAGCGUGAGUCCAACAAUAAGUGACGAAAGCAAACUUUCCUUUGAUAAAACUUUCCCAAAUGAUACAUCUCAGACAUGUGUCAUCAACCUGAGUUUAACGAACAAUAUUAGUACAGAUCACGACGAUAAGACCAUUGACCUUAAAGAAAGCCUUAUUUUCACCAGUUUGACAUAUGACGGUCCUUUGAAGCCAAAUCAAACUAUGACGUUCACGAUAUCAUUUAAGAAAUUUGGCCAAGGCACUUGCGUCGUAAUGGAUCUUGGCGAUAACAGUUCUCUGCUUGUGUUUGGCGAUGCCUCGUGCAAAAAUAAGUUUGAUGUUUCCAAAAUCAACCCAAAAAUCGUCGAAGAUCCGCCAUUACGGUUUUCCUCAAAAGAUCCAACUACGUCAACGAUCACGAUUACGCAUGAAUACCCGGGGGUUGGUACAUACGACGUGAAGAUGAGCGCUGCAAAUCUUCUAGCCAAUGUCACGGAAAGCUUGAUUGCAGUGGUUAUUCCUUUCGUGUGUAAAUAUCCAAAUGUGACAAUAAUAGGUCUACCACUGAACACAUCAAAUCUGUUACAAGCGCCACAAGUGUUCCGUUCUAAGCUGAUUUUUCUGUCGACCGAAAAUGAAAUCUACUGCGAACCAACAAACCUUGUUAAAGUUUCUUGGACUGUCUAUAGAAUUCUCGACGAUCCAGUCAUUUUAAACACAAACCCAUUGAUAAGGAAAUCCGACUUAGGAAAGACUGUAUACCUCGCUGACAUCAUUUCACCUGACCUUUCUAUACCUGAAAGAGGCUUACCGUUCGGAUACUACGAAAUAAGUGGUCGUGUGGAAAUGCAGGAUAUACCAUACGUUUUUGGAAUUGGUACGCUAUACGUUCAGAUCAUCCAGACUCCUUGGAUCAUUGCAGGUGCAACGACCGGAUCGUUUUACACUGUGCCUUUCCAGGAGCGGGGAUUUUUAAACGCAUCGGCAUCAGUGGAUCCUGAUUUUAAUAACACAGAUGCAAUGAGCUUUGCCUGGUACUGCAGAGAUGUUGGAGGACCUGAAUUCCAGUUGUCUGACGUAGCUAACUUGAGCUUGGUCACCGCUCCUGCCGCUUACCCAGUUGACGACCUUGGUGGAUGUUUUGGUACAGGGCCCGGUCAAUUAAAUAGCACCGAUAAGAUCGUUGAAUUCGAUACGGGGACGAUGGUUGAAGACAAAUACUAUAUAAUUUCACUCGUGGCCUCUACAAGUCAUCAAGGUUUUGCAGUUAGGCGACACUUAACCAAUAUUUAUUUUCAUGUGGCGAGAGGUAAACCACCGGGAUUGGUUGGAAGCUGCUUUAAGAAUUGUUUGGCAAAAACAAACCGGGACGAAAAGCUCAUCAUAAAGGCUAAGUGCAACGCUCGUUGCUAUGGUGAACUUGCUUUUACUUGGUCAUUGUAUCGAUACGAUGAUAUAAAUACCCCAGAACCUUUUAAUCUAUCCUCCCUGCACGAGUUUACGUCAAGCCAACUUAAAGAGAUGACUACGAGCCCAAUCGAUGCACUGGAAAUCGCUCUCAAACCAAAAUCACUGGAUCCUGGAAAGAAGUAUAUUCUGGCAUUCAUUGCAUCCCGUCCUAGCGGUGUUUUUGGUGAACUGAGAUUUACCUUGAUUACUAACGAGGCGCCAGUCAAUGGCACAUGCUCUAUCUCCCCUUUAUAUGGGGUUGCAAUGGAAACAAAUUUCACGGUCACUUGUAAACAUUGGGAGGAUGAAGAUGUGCCUAUUACCGUUGAAUUUUCACACAUCAUGAAAAGUGCGAAAACAGUGUUCUACUUUCAAAAAGUUCCAAAUAGGGGGAAAGUCACGGAAACGCUUUCGUUGUCAGCCGGAGAUGAAGCGAGCGAUUAUUACCUAAACAUCAGUAUUACUGUCAAGGACAGAUUUUUCGCUCAAACCAAGGAUAAUAUGACAAUCCAGGUUGUUCCACAGCCAAAGGAGAGAUUGGACCUGAACCAAUUGAAAAAUUUAGUUUCAGGAGAAGGCAAUGCCCUGGCAGAACUUUUUCAGACUGGUGACAGUGUUCUUGCGGUAAACCUUGCUUCGAAUGUCGCGUCGACGCUGAAUAACAUAAAAGAAAAUACAACAUCAAACGACAGCAGCUCAACGCAAGAGAAAGAUACUUCAAAACAAAUCAGAACACAGGUCAUCUUGUCGCUCGCCAGCGCCAACCUAUCCGCAGAGGACGCAUCUUCACUAGAGCAAGUGAGCGCAGCCGUUUUAGCGCUGACGAAAAAUACGGAGGAAUUAGAACCUCAAAGUCAGGGUGCUGUUCUUCAAAUGACAGAGACCCUGACAAGCAACUUGAGAGGAUUAUCUGAUUCGGAUCAAGGAUUCUCUAAUGUCUUGCGUGGAGCCUCGAAUCUUGUCGGUGGUAUAGGUCAAAUGACAACAAGCAUGACAAAGGAAGCCGGCAAUUCUAGCAAUGGGACAGAAGCUGCGGAUAAAAUAAAACGUUCCAUUGGAAUGAUCGACAACAUUCAGGGAGUAUUGUUGGACAAUUUAGUGGGAAACGAACCACCAGUUAAAAUCGAGUUUGAUGCCUUGUCUGUGCAAGUAGAAAAAGUGAUGACGAAGAGCUUCGCUAACAAAACUAAUGUCGUUAAGGGAGCUAAAUUCGAAACUCCUUCACCUGUUGCACUAGGAAUACAAGCUGUUGUUGGAAAUCGAAACAAAACCAUUUUUCAAAUGCAGCCUGUCGACAUCAAGAUCGCCGUGUCUGACAAGAAUCCAUUUAUCUGGGAUAAUACAAGUAAAGCUGUAUCAUCAAACGUCGUCGAUAUUAAAGUGCAGUCAAGCAUGAACAUUUCUACUUCGAACGUUAGUGAGGACUUCGCAAUCACUAUACCACGUGAUCCCAAACUGUUUUCUGAGCAAAGCACGUUCUUCUUGAAGCCAAGUCACGAGAACGCCACGACAAAAGCCAAGGAGUAUUUGAGGUAUCAUAGAUUCGAGCGAACGAGCGUUUUCACGUCGAUAACGUUUGAUAUGCGACCGGUGGAUCAAGGACUGCCUUUCUCUGUUUAUCUAAAGAAAGGCUCGAAACCAGACAUCGCAGAGAAAGAUUAUCAGUUUUCAUUUGAUUUGCCAGACUUGAGCAGUUGUUUCUCAGGCAACGAAAGCGCGUCAAAUUCCUCUAAUAACGACGAACUCGAGUCCGAUGGAAACACAACCAUCCCUGUCUAUCUUAAAAAAUGUACAAGAGAUCCAUAUGCAAUAUUUGUCUCUAAUGUCGACUUAAAUGGCACUGGGCAAUUCUGGUUUGCUGUGCAGCAUAUACGAACAAGAGAAGAAGACGACAAAGAUGAGUCUCGUCGACGACGUUCAAUUCCUUGCGGAGGGGAAGGAAGACGUGUACGUCGUUCGUGUGUCGUCAUACCUACCCCACCACCUGAACCCACUGAUCCGCCUACAGGCGUUCGUUUUCAAAAACCAGAAAACCUAGGGUUUGACGGAAAGUACUUUUUUCCAAAUCAAACUCCCAACUACAAUCUAACGAUGUAUGAAUCAAGCUGUCUCUACUGGGACGAGAAUAACGAGACUUGGACAGGUGACGGUUGCAAGGUAGUUCUGGGUACUAGCCGAGAGAAAACUAUGUGUAAAUGUAAUCAUCUGACAUCUUUUGGAAGUGAAUUUCUUGUUGCUCCAAACACAAUCGAAUUUGAUUCAGUCUUCAGCAACUUUAGCAGCCUUGCCAACAAUGUAGCGGUUCUGGCGCUAAUAUCGACCAUUCUGGGCAUAUAUAUUAUCGGGGUUGUCUGGGGGAGACGAGCAGAUAAGAAAGACGCGUUGAUGGUUGGUCCUACGAUUUUGCCGGAACCGAGAGGAUCUUAUCAUUACCUCAUAACCACGUACACAGGUAGCCGACCAAAUUCUGGGACAACAGCAAAAGUUGUUUUUAAAAUGUCUGGAGAUCUAGGUGAAACUAUUCCAGCAAGGCUGUACGAUUGCCACAGACCUUGCUUUGAGCGUCAACAAGAGAACAUGUUUGUUGUUUCAUACCCUCAGGGUAUUGGUGAUCUUAGCUUCGUCCAAAUAUGGCAUGAUAAUUCAGAAUCAUCACCGUCUUGGUACUUAAGUCGCAUGAUUGUAAGAGAUCUACAAACUGAGAAAACAUGGUCGUUCCUUUGUGAAAACUGGUUAGCUGUGGAAUCUGAAGAUGGUAAAGUAUGUCGGGUCCUUCCCGUGGCAAACGAAAAAGAGAUGACAAACUUCGGUCACCUGUUUUCGGUCCGUGCCGUCAAAGGUUUAUCAGAUGGCCAUAUAUGGUUGUCCAUUUUCACCAGACCUCCAACCAGCAAAUUCACACGCGUCCAGCGUCUUUCGUGCGCUCUUUCCCUGUUGUGCAGUACGAUGAUCACCAGCGCAAUGUUCUACGACACGGGAGGCCGGGGUUCGAGUCCAUACUCAAUCCAUAUCGGCACGCAAGUUAUCAAUUUACAGCCGUUUGUGAUCGGCCUGCAGAGCAGCGUGAUUAUUAUUCCGAUAAACAUUUUGCUCGUGUCGAUUUUCCGCAAUAUCUGUUCGAAGAAAAAGAAGAACAACUCUGAUGAGGACGACACGGAAAAUCCAAAUGGAGUGAAGAUUGAAGAUUCGAUCCAGGAACCGUCAAAGGGGAAGCUUCCACACUGGUGCAUCUAUAUUGCUUAUGCUAUUUGUUUCGUCGUAUCUACCGCGUCGAUUUUCUUUACAAUUCUUUACAGUAUUCAAUGGGGGAAGAAAACGUCUACAGAGUGGGUAAUUGCCAUGGUAACAUCAUUCUUCUCUUCGGUCCUGUUGUUGCAACCAUUCAAAGCGGUCCUACUUUCCCUUGUUUUGGCCACAUUCAUUCGCAAACCAGCUCAUACGAAGAGUGAGUCCUAUACUGUCACGCUUGCAGAGGAUAAUACUUUUGAAGAACGAACUGAAAUACAAUCUCCGGUUUCUGAGGAUAUGAUGCCCAAUGAGGAAAAAUCGAAAAAAUAUUUAAGGCCUCCUGGUUCAGCCAGACUGAAGAGAGCGAGAACGAAACGGGUUAAAGAGCUGAAGAUGAAUUCAGCUUUGAAAGAAAUUAUUGUGUUCUUCCUUUUUUUGAUUUGCUUAUUGGACGUGGCUCAAUACCACAGGGAUCCGAAUACAUAUUUACUGACCAAGACAUUGUCACAAACAUUUGUCGACGUUGAUUCAUUUUCAAUCCCAUUUAGCUGGAUCGUUGAUGGUGAUGCUUUUUGGAUGUGGGCUCGCGAGACUCUUAUCCCUGGAUUGUACUCAACGGAAUGGUACAACGGAAAGAUAAUUGAAAAAGGUUAUCUCGCAAACAUUGAGAAUUAUCUGGUCGGUGUUCCGCGUCUGAGGUUACUUCGCGUGAAAGAAGGUUCAUGUAAAGUUUCCAGCUAUUUCAAAGAUACCAUUCCUGUCUGCAACUCUGCGUACUCUGUGAUAAACGAAGACGAAGAAGAAUAUGAGCCGAGUUGGGAGCCGCUACAUGAUUUUUCCAACAGAAAACGUCGAAGAACUCCGGGCCCUGAGAGCGAAGAAGACUGGUUGAAAAUGGUGGAGGGAAAAGAAGAACUGGAAAAUGAGGAGGGUGUUAACCGCCGUAAAAGAGCGAUUGAUCCAAUUCAAAGUGGCCGAAAUCGAAGAAGGAAGAAUCGACUCUUGUCUAGCGAAAGGCCGAAGACGUACGUCGUUCAAACUAACGCUCUCAUGGAAGACGAGCAAAUUUUGUCUUGCCUUGAGAGAUGGCACUAUCAAUCAAUGCUGGAGCUGCGAGGUUUUCCAUACUGGGGAGAAAUUGCCGUCUAUGGCGGGGGUGGUUAUGCAGCUAAUCUUGGUUAUGACCAAAUGACCGCAUACACUGUUGUUGCUGACUUGCAUUCAAAUAACUGGAUCACGAGGCAAACGCGAGCCGUUUUCGUGGAAUUCACGGUUUACAACGCAAAUACAAAUUUGUUUAGCGUGAUAUCGCUUUUUAUCGAAUUCCCGUCCUCCUCAGGCGUUGUAACCAAGGUUCAGAUUCAGAGUGCGCGAUUUUACCUUCAUCUUAAUGUAGGUCAAAUCUUUGCUCACAUAUUGGUCAUAUUCUUUAUGCUGUACUUUCUAUACAGAGAAGGAAAGCUCUUCUAUAAGCAAAGAUGGGCCUAUUUCAAGGGUUUUUGGAACUGGGUCGAAACGAUUCUUAUAAUCUCGGAAUUUGCUUUGGUACUUAUAUUCCUGGCACGUUUGUACGAGGUGGAUCGAAAUUUACUACAACUCCGCGAAAAUCCUAACGAUUACGUCGGUUUUCAGUUCGCAAGCCAGGCAGAUGCAGCCAUGUCGUCCAUCUUUGGUAUCCUGGUGUUUCUCUAUAUUCUACGAUUCCUGCGCCUUCUGAGGUUUAAUAGGAACUUCCUUUCCCUCGGCGCAACGUUUUCCCGCAUCACUAAGCCAAUAUUAAAUUACCUCAUCCCUUUUACAUUCGGUUUCACAGCGUUUGGUAUGCUUGCGUUCAGCGUAUUCGGUGCGGAGCUUGAAGAUUACAGCACAUUCGUACGAACAAUGGUUACUCAAUUUAGCAUGUCGUUGGGCGACUUUGAUUUCGAAGCGCUAACAUCCGUUAGCCCCGUCCUUGGAGCGUUCUAUUUCUUCGCUUUCGUUGCUUUUUUUGUGGGUCGUGUUAAUGAA